CUCAACUCUAGCAAUGACUUUCCUUAAGCAAGGAGAAGAGAUUUAGCAUAAAAAGUGGAGAAGAUUUGCCAAGAAUACUUUUUUUGAGUGGACACUUGCACAGGGUGAUAGCAGAUUAUGAAUCAAAACAUGGACGUAGGAUAUGUUCAGCAUUCAAUGGAAGAUAUACAGAUUUUUAGGACCCAACCAAGACAGCCUAAUAAGUUAGAUGGAAUUUGCCAAACAGAUGGCAAUCUAUGUAAUUCAAAUCUUCCAUCUCAAAAUUUCUACCCAUAUUCAGCUCAUUAUACACACAUGCAUAUGAAUUCCAGCAGUGACUUGGAAAUUUUUGAAGCAGUAAGAAUUCGAGAACUAGAAGAAGUCAAAGCCAGAGCUGCCCAAAUGGAGAAAACUAUGCGCUGGUGGUCAGACUGUACUGCUAAUUGGAGGGAGAAAUGGAGCAAAGUUAGAGCAGAAAGAAAUAAAGCCCGAGAAGAAGCCAGACAAUUGAGAAUAAAAUUGGACAGUGUUGUAAAAGAACUGAGUAUGCUUAAAAAGAUAAACCAGGAUUUAGUAACUGAGAAAGAAAGUUUAGAAAAUGUAACUACUUGGAAAACAGAAUAUUUCAGUUCCUCAGAAAUAUCACAUAUAAAAAAAGACCUAAACCAAUUAACAUUUUUGGAACAAGAACAUGUGGAAGAACUAAACAAAACCAACAGAAUUCCUUGGGCAGAAGACUCAAACAAGGAUGUGGAGUUAAUCAAACAGCCCCUAAGAAGCAGUCAGAAUAAAAAAAUGGCUCCAAAGCAUCUUGAUUCCUUUCCCAGUGGAUUUACCAGUAUUUAUUUUGAGGAACCUAAAAAAGGUCUGCACAACGCAGCUCAGACACCAGAGAAUGAUUUAAUGCGUGCUUCUGUUCUGCAUUUGCAUUUGGCUGAGUUACAGAAAAUCUUAACUAAAGAAAGAGAAAUGAAUGUAUUUCUGGAAAAAGAAGUGGAAAAGACAGAAAAUGAAUUAGCUCUUUGGAAGUUGAAAUAUGAAGAACUAAAACAGUCUAAACUGGAAAGUCUGAACCAGAUGCCUGGAGAAUAUUUGUCAGAAAAUGCUGUUAUUAAAAAGCACCACAGAGGAUUUCUUGUUGAACCAACAUUUUCUGUUUCUGAUCUCACUCUGGAAAGAUGGCAGUUUGAGAAUACCUCUGAAUGGGGAAAGAGAGAGAGACCUGAUGCACAAAUGCAAAGUUUGGAAGAAGAGAGAAGAAGGUUGAAGUUGCAAGUGAAAGAAAUUCAGGAACUUCUGGAGAUGAAAAAUAAAGCAGUACCAAUUAAAUUGACUUGUCAUCAUCAAAAUGAUCAUCAAAAUGCACAAAGUAAUCUGCCAGUUAAAAAUAAGAUUAAAGAGACAGAAGAAAACGAGCUCAGAAUUUGGGACCAGGCAAAGUUCCUUGUAUGUUGUUGGAGAUUCCACCAAGACAGCGAAUGAAGACAUGAGACAUUACCUGCUGCAACAAGGCUAACAGGAAAUAAAGGGGCAAAAUACUGAAAGACUUCAUAAGACUUAUGGGAAAAUUAAAUAGUGGAAGUACAUGCAACAUACAUUGAAACACUACAUGCACUUUUUCUAUGUAUUUGACAUUUUCAGUAAGGACCAUAGAAAUGUGUCACUGUUCACCAGCUUAGAAUAUUUUGCAGUUUGUUCUUCCUUCUCCUUUGUCUUAAUUGCCAUCUUCUAAAGCAAAAGAUGGAUUCUAACUGAUGUAGCCCAUAAUUUAAUUUUUGGGGAAAAAAAAAGUACAAUUUACAUGGCAAAGGAGGGAGUUUCAUAGUUGGUUCUGUGAAGACAGUGAGUCUGGAAUGGAAGUCAGUGCUUUUUGCCUUGUCCCUUUCUUUUUUUUUUUUUUUUUUCAUACAGCAAUGGGAAAUGACUUUUUCUCAGUUUCACUAGUUCUGCCAGAGUAACAUGUUGUAGUUAAAUCUAACAUUUAUCUCCCUACUAAUUUACUGCAAAGUCCUUCUAAAUCUGCUUCAUUGUUUUUGUAGUUGCUUUUUCUUCUUUUUUUUUUUUAUUGAAUUUGUGUAGGACCAUAGAAAAAAAGAAUUAUUACUUCCAUAGUUAGUAUCUUUGCUGUGGAAAUUGGUGUGAAUACAGUGUGUCUCAUUUAAAUUUUGAUUAGAUUUAAGUGUCUAAGGAUUUAUAAAAUUUGUGAAUGAAAAACAUGAAAGGUUAACAAUUACAUAAGAAUCAUGUUUUGCCUAGGAAUUUGUGAGCUGCUGGAGUUAGAACAACUUCAUGACAUCCCAUUGUAUAACAUAACGAAUGUAAUGAACGUAAUGAAAAUGUUAGUGUGAGCCAUAGCAGUUGAAUGUGCAUAAUUAUUGAUUUUUAAAUGCUGUAAUAGCCAAAUGUACUUCUGUGGUUGCACUGAAAUACCUGAAAAUAUACUAAUGUCAGAAAACAA